ACGCUAUCCAUUGCCAACAUCUUGGUUGUCUCUUCUCAAGGCAUCUAAAAGCAUAUAUACAUGAAGCUCAGCUUUACCUCUGAGAUGUCCGAUCAUAAGGAGCCAGGAAGAAGUAUCUAAUCAAGCAGAUAACAUCUUCCUUGUGAAGUCAGUUGCCGCAUGCUGAUCGCAAACAAGGCUGCUAUGUAUGACAAGAACCACAGGGAGAUGAUUCUCCUAAUCCAUAUACAAGUAGAUCAUUUGACGACAAAGUGAUCUAUUCCCUGAACUCACUUCCUAAUAGACUAGUACUGCAUUGUAUUGUUCUGUUCUUAUCUGCCGGUUGAAAUAAGAUUACUAUUCUCAAAAUUGAAAUUGCAAAGGGAAAUAGUAGUUUUCUUCCUACUUUUGAAUUGCUUCCCCCAUAGGCUUGUGUCCGACGUCCUCGGUUCCUUGUCAUUUGGGCUCUUCUUUGGCUGGACUGGAAUAUAUAAGUAACGGCAACAGCCCAAAUAGGGCAAAUUACUAUUUAUUUUGGUGCCGUGGUUACUAAUAAUUCUUGAAUAUAUUAAUGAAUGCAGAAGAAGUCCAUGGUCAAAACCAUUGAAAUAUGAUACCGCGUCUUUAUAUCAAAAAAUCUAAAAGGAAGAAAAUGGAGGUAGAGUGGGUUCUGGUGUGCCAUGGACUGAUAACACUAAUAAUAGUAGUCGCAUUCCUCUGUGGUCAAUGGCCCAUCUUUCAAGGCACUCCUAUUGAACGCCUCCAUUACUUCAUCACUUUCGGUGCCUACGAUCGCUUCCUUCGCGGUGUAGCUGUAGUUUUUGGAAGUAAAGGCACGCAUUUUGUUCUCUCUAUUGAACAUUUCUUUUGUGAUCGCCCUAACCCUAUCUUACAGAUUAUAUAUUUGGCAAUCAUUGGAGCUACUUAUUACUUCAUUGCAACAUCAUCCUUUAGCUAUAUUCCUGGGUAUUACUUAAGUGGAGUGCAUAGGUAUAUAAGCUUAUUGGCAGUUGUUGUUGGCGUUGUACUCUUCCUAUUGACUAGCUUUUCUGAUCCAGGCACUGUCAAAUCCGAGAAUGUUUCAGAAUAUCUCUCUGCCUAUCCAUAUGAUGAUAUCAUAUAUACAGAGAAAGAAUGUUCCACUUGUAAAUUUCGAAAACCUGCUAGGUCCAAGCACUGUAGCAUAUGCGACCGCUGUGUCGCGCGCUUUGACCAUCAUUGUGGGUGGAUGAAUAAUUGUAUAGGGGAGAAAAAUACCCGAUACUUUUUGGCUUUUCUUUUAUGGCAUUUCCUUCUUUGUGUAUAUGGAACAAUUGCUCUAGGCUUGGUUCUUGCAGGACGGCUGAAAGAAUUAAGGGUUGUAUACAUUCUGACAGUUUACUAUGGCAUUGAAAACUCAUUUCGUAGUUUAGCUCCACAUGUGGUACAGUGGCUGUUGGGCUCAUAUAACACUCAAAUACUUCUUAUGGUGUUUCUUGCCAUAGUUUCUCUGUUGCUGGCGGGAUUCUUCGGAUACCAUGCUAACCUGUGUCUCACAAACACUACGACAAAUGAGACCUUUAAGUGGCAAGAGUACAUAGGCUGGCAAAGGAAGCUGAAUGAAGCAAGGACUAGUGCAGCAGCACUUAAAGCAAGCAUCAGUGGGAUGAGUGGUGAAGCAAAGCAUCCGGAGAGCAAAUGUAGAGCCUUUUUCCGGAGAUCACCCCUUGAAGGUGCUGAGGUUGUUAUUAAGAGAAACAUGUAUGACAAGGGGAUAUUUAACAAUCUUGGUGAGAUAAUCUUUCCACUCUCAACAAGACCAUCAUUUUUGAGAAAAAAAUCGAAGUCUGGCUGAGAAGGCUGUAAUUAGGUGCUCUCAGUAUCGUCUUUUCUUGCAAAAGAGAUCUAUGUCUGGCUGCGAUGGCUUUGAUCAGGUGGCUAUUUCCUUCAAUCCUCUUGCGGGCUCAUAGUGCAAGAUAAAAUAGAGUUUAAUUGGACAUAAUGGAACAUAAGCCGGAUAGAAGUUUAAUAGAAUAAUGAAAGAAAAAGGUUCACUCCAGUAUGCUUGAUAGUAGCUAUCUGACAUGCUUAUAGUUGGUUGAUUCUAGGAAGCAAAUCAUUGAUAGAAUGCGGCAGUGUCUCAUUUUAUACAUUGCUUCCUUAUAGUUGGUGGCCUAUAGGGAGGCCUGAAUUAUUGGCAUUUCUUUUGUAAAACACACAUCUGAUUUUGUUUAAAAGUAAAUAUCAUAUAUUAGCAUUGCUGGUGUA